AUCUAGACGUAAAGGGCGGCGGAGGAGAAGGAGAGGGGGGUCGGGUUAGGUGGCGGUAUUAGGGAGAUAAACAGAACAUGGCGGAAGGGGCUGCUGCCGCUGCGCAAGCUAAGGAAAGGCGAAAAGAGCAGCUUCGACAAUGGGCCCGUUCGUGCACCAAUCAGGAGGCGGCGGAGCCUCGUUGGCAACGGAGAAAGAGGCGUACUGGGGACGGAAAGCAGGAAGAUGAAGGGGAACCGGGAUCUAAGAGUGAGGGGGACGGGCGUACGGUCCGUUUUGAGCGAGCUGCGGAGUUCCUGGCGGCCUGCGCCAGCGGGGACCUUUUGGAGGCGGAGGAGAUGCUGCGAGGGUACUCGGGGGUGAUUGACAGCACUAACACGGAUGGCAUCAGUGCCUUGCACCAGGCCUGUAUUGAUGAGAACUUGGAGGUUGUAGAAUUUCUUGUAAAUCAUGGAGCUAAUGUGAACCAAUCUGAUAAUGAGGGAUGGACGCCUCUACAUGUUGCAGCCUCCUGUGGCUAUAUGGAGAUAGCAGAGUAUCUAAUUAAACAUUCUGCUAAUAUUGCUGCUGUAAACAGCGAUGGUGAUGUACCCCUUGAUAUUGCUGAAGAUGACUGCAUGGAGACUUUGCUCCGUGCUGAAAUCUCAAAAAGAGCAAUUGAUAUUGAAGCUGCUAAGCGGGAGGAAGAAGAGGUGAUGCUGCAGGAUGCCAGACAAUGGCUUAAUGCUGGCAAAAUUGAGGACUCUCGACACCCCAAGACUGGAGCAAGUGCACUGCAUGUUGCUGCAGCUAAAGGCUACAUUGAAGUCAUGAGGCUGCUUCUUCAGGCCAAUUUUGACUCUAAUCUUCGGGAUAAGGAUGGCUGGACACCCCUUCAUGCAGCUGCACACUGGGGAGUAGAAGAGGCCUGUCGACUUCUUGUAGAACAUUUCUGUGACAUGAAUGCGCUCAAUAAUGUGGGUCAAAGGCCUUGUGAUGUUGCAGAGGAAGAUAUCAUUAAUCUUUUAGAGGACCUUCAGAAGAAGCAAGAGGAUUUACGUAGUGAAAAAGAAGCAAAUUUAAAGCGAGCCGUAAUUGACACAUGCAUGGAACAGCAGCCAUUAUAUAUCAAUAAACACAGAAGAAGUUCUGUCUGUCGAAUGAGCAGCAAGGAAAAGAUAUCUGUGCAAGACCAAUCAAAGGAAAGAAAAACAUUAGGGACCAUUACUGUUGGUGAUGAGGAGAGUAGCUCCAGUUCUGAUGAGUCGGAGAAUACAAAUGAUCUUAAGAAGAAUGAACAAGUGAAAGAGAAUGGACUGUUGCCUGAAGCACAUAACAGUACCGUUAGCCCAUCUUCUGACCCAAAGUUCAAUGGGGCACCAAGCACCAUCACAGAAAAAUGUGAGGUCUCACUAUCCAACUUGAGAGCAGGCUUACGGAAAACUGGCAGUUUCGGUGUUCUGCAAGAUGCCAAACUAGAGGGAAGUAGCAGCAAAGAGCCUGGAAUAAAACGCUCUGCUUCCAGUCCCCGUUUGGACACCCAAGAAAGGAAUGAGCUUGUGGCUCGUGUUCCACCUACUCCAACCAGAAGGAUCUUCACUCUUCCAGAAACUGACACUCCACAUGAAACAAAGAAAGAAGAGACAGAAGGUGGACUUCAGAUGAAUAUUGAUACUGUUCCUUCCCCACAAUUGCAAACAAACACUUCCUCCAGCAUGAUUGCCACUUCCUCCACCUCCUCUUCCAGCACAAAUUCCAAUAGUGAUUUCCAAGACAGGCGAAGGUCAUAUCAAACUCCAGUACGUGAUGAAGAAUCAGAGUCUCAGCGGAAGGCUCGCUCACGACUCAUGCGACAAUCGCGGCGUUCCACACAGGGUGUGACACUCACUGACUUGAAAGAAGCUGAGAAGACAUUAAAUAAAUCAACUGAUUCUACCCUAACUACUGAGCCUAAAAAUGAGGAACAUGGGAAAGAAGAGGAUAAAGAGCAGCCUUUGGAAAAUUCUGAUUUGGCCAGAAGGAUCCGGCUACCAAGCACUGAAACAACAUCGUUUUCUCCUUCAUCUGUAAAUACUGUGAAUUCUCAAGCAAAGAAAGGUGAACUUGAAGCAACGAGCAAGGAAGAUAAUAAUGAAAACCAAAACCACUUGGCAAGAAGCAGGAGAAGAUGGAAUGAUCAACAGCCAGCAGUCAUUGGGACAAAUUCCCAUGAGAUGGUGGAAAAUGAAUGCUGUGAGCUAGUCAAUCACAGUGACUCAUCAAGACAAAGGGUAACAGAAAAUGUCAAUAGUAUUCUGCCUUACAGGGCAGGGACUUACAUGUUUCAAAAGCACAAUACCACUUUAGGCUCUAAGGAUGAGACUGAAAAAGACUAUAAGAAGUUAUAUGAAGAUUUGUUAUCAGAGAAUGAAACCCUGAAAGAGCAACUUCAAGAGACAGAACUGAAACUUACCCAGAUAAAGCUGGAGCUAGAGAGAGUCACACAGAGACAAGAGCGACAUGCAGAAAGACCCGCACUAUUGGAACUAGAAAGAUUUGAACGAAGAGCAUUAGAGCGAAAGGUGGCUGAGCUAGAAGAGGAAUUAAAGGUUCUUUCUGAUUUGAAAGCAGACAAUCAAAGACUGAAGGAUGAAAAUGCAGCCUUGAUACGAGUCAUCAGCAAACUGUCAAAGUGAACUGUCACUGAAACCUCUAAAGAUUUAUCAAGACCUAGCUGAACUUGACAACUAGAUCUUGGCCAAAAUGCUGACCAAUGGAUUUGUCAGCAGCUGCAGAGAGAUUUGUACUGGGAACAAAAAGCAAUGCCUCCGGACAUUGUGCUGCACACACUGGAGCCAAUCUUUCUGAAUGCCAGCAUCCUUGUUGUUUGACGUGCUGGAAAUGUGCUAGUUUAUCCUAGUUUAUCAAAUCGGUUUAUUCAUAUUUUUUUUUUAAUAUGUAUAUCUAUAAAUAUAUGCCGGCAAUGUAUAUUCCAAUGCUUCUGGGCAGUACCGCUGGCAUACCUUUAAAUUGUUUCUCUUUGUACUUGAUAACAAAUUGCCUCCCUUCUCAGUGUCACCAAAUCUUCACUAGUUAAAAAUGUACAUAGCUACAACUUCUAAGAACUAGACUGCUUUGUCCUGGUGCACAUUCGUGAACCAAUUCCUUUUAAGUCUAGCUCAAAACAAUUAUAAGAAGGCUUCUAUGAAGUCUCACUUGCAUCUUUUGAGCAAUAUAAAGAGGUAAAAUACUUAUGGUUAACAUACAGAAAUCAACUAGGUUAAGACGUCGGGAUUCCAAGAAAUGUAAUUAUAUUUAAGUCAUAAAUAACGUGCUCCGGUCUGUUACUGAAUCAUGCAGAGGUUCAGUGACCGUAAUUAAACACACCGUGGUUGCUGUAAUUUACGCUGUAGCAAGUUACUUUACACAGUUCCACACUGUCAUCCUUUUGUAAUACUUUUUACAUACUAGAAAGUGUACAAGUCUGUGUUUGCUUUAUCCAAAAAAAAAAAAAAUUGUUCUACCAAUUUAUGUAUUUGAAAGUGUAAAAUGUAUAACUUGUACUUCAUUCAGGGAGUUUAAACCACUUUUUUUCUUUUUUUUUUUUCUAAAAAAAAAAAAAAGCAGUCUGUCUUCUGCUUUCUAAUCUAACACUUUAUUUCCCUGUGUAGAUUUAACUUUCAGGCAUUGACCAGCUUAAUUGCAAUAAUGUUUUAACCACAUGAGAAAAUAAUUAUUUUAAUGUACUUACACGCUGUACAUUAAGUUUUAAUAUGGUCAGUAUUUUAAUUUCGAGGGAAUAUUGUGUGACUACAUAAGUGAAAAAUAUUCAGUAUUGUUCUAUGCAUACUUUCUUUAAGAUCUGUUGACCAGAUCUCUUGAAUUGCCCAAGUCUUUUUUUCUUCUUUUUUUUUUCAGAAACGCACUUUCCACAGUUUUAAAGAGAUUUUUAAAUGGCUAAUGUAACAAUGUAUCAUCAAUUUCCUUAUUUAAUUCCUUUAAAUCCCAAGUUUAGAUUGUAUAGUUAGGUGUUAAUGAAAAUAUAUAUAUUUUUUAAAUGUUGGUAUUAUGGUUCAUACUUGUCCUUAUGAUGUGCCAUUUUUGUCCUACAUGUUCCCAGACAGGCAAAUCCAUAACCUCUAGACUGCUAAGCCUAUGUCUUCACAUGAUUUAGGUACUUAAAGGGAAAUGAAACUCAAAAAAUUUCAUUCAUGAUUCCGAUAAAGAAUACUAUUUUAAACAGCUUUAUAAUUUACUUCUAUUAUCUAAUCUGUUUCAUUCUCUUUGUAUCAUGUGUUGAAAGAGCAAUGCACUAAUGGUUUCUAACUGUACACAUGGGUUAGCCAAUCACAAUCAAUAUAUUUAUCCAGCCACCAAUCAACAGCUAGAUCCUAGGUUCUCUGCUGUCCCAAGCUUGCCUAGAUAAACCUUUAAGCAAAGGAUAACAAGAGAAGGAAGCAAAUUAAAUAAUAGAAGUAAAUUGGGAAAAUUGUUUAAAAUUGUAUUCUCUAUCUGAAUCAUGAAAUAAUUUUUUGGGGUUUCAUGUCCCUUUAAAUGCUUUCUCCUAGAUUGGUUUCCUUAGUCAGAUUGGCUCUACAUUAACUAGGUAAAACAAAAAAAUGCUAAACAUUAGUCAGGUUGGGCUGACUUUAUAUAGUGUCGGUAUACUAUAAGGAGAUUAUUCUGACCAAAGCAUAUAAAAUCAAAUCAUUGGAGAAGCCACAAUAAACAGAUUCAUUAAUAGAAGAACACAACUAAAAAUUGUUGCAAGCAGUCUCUAGAAUGGACAAUAACAUGAAAUCCCAGUUUCUGCUUCCCCCCCAUACAUCUUUUGUGUAUUGCUGCUCAAUAAUGGUUGCCAGAAUAUACAACUGAUAUUUGAGCAUAUAUUCUCUCUGUAAGCCUGAGGUUUAUUUUUAUAUUGUAUUUAAUUUUUUCCUUUCUCAGGAAUUGGGAUGCUAAUUUAAGUCAUAGCAAAGGGCUUACCAAAAAUUGCCUCUUUUCACAUAAAAGAAAAACACACCCCAUACACAAUUGGUGAAAUUCACUCAUUAUGGUAACGUAUGGAGAAAAUAAACUACCACAGUGAUUAACAGUACUGCAUACUAUAUUUUUUACCUGUUAUCAUAUUAAACACAUUUCUGCUGUUUGCUACACAUGCAACAAUACUGUUCAUUGUUUAAGUUUUUUUUUUUUUAUAUAUAUAUAUACUAUCUGGAAGGCUGUCACUGCAUUUGUACAUCAUUUCUUGUGGUUUUAUAACCCUAAUUAUUUUACUGCCAUUUAUUUGCCUUCUCUAUGCCAAGGUCGGACCCAUAAUGGGUCACAGUUGCUUAUAUGUGACUUAUGUUUUAUGACUUGUAAAACUGUGCCAUGCGAGUUAAAAAAAACAAACCACAAAAGUCAGCUACAUGACUUGUUAUAUCUGUAUAUAAGGAAACAUAUUUUAUAUACACAAUGUUGAAAUGUGCAAUAUGCAUGGGUUUGUUUAUUUUACAGAGAAAUAUAAAUAUAUAUAUAUAUAUGUAUAGUGUAUUUGUUACAGCUGCAAGUACCUGUUACUCAUUGGGUGCCACAGGGCAAUGCAAUACAUUUGUUAGCAAUGAAUAGCCUGCUCUUGAUGCACUUGAUGAGUUUAAGCACAUAAAAAGAAAAUUAGCAAAAAUAAUUAAAAAAAAUAUAUAUAUAUACUUAAAA